AUGCUCAAAAAUCCGCUGGAACUUUCUUUACAAGCACCCCCAGCAGAUCACCUUGUUCAAAGGCUUCUAAGGAGUUUGUUGGGUUUGAAGUGGAAGAGGUCACUUGGCCAAAAACGGAAGUUGAGGACUGAGGUGGUGAAAGAGGACCUGAACACACUUGGCGGUGACAGGCAGUUCAGGCGAGACGUAAAGUUUCGCAGAAUAUGGAAUAUCGACGAAUGGAUUGAUCCUGUGCAAGCUCUCGCAGAAGACCAAGAAGGUUGGGGAGAUCUAUGUGAGGUCAAAAGGAUGUAA